CACACAACUUUCCUCUCCAUCUCUUCACUUGAUCUGGUCGACAGACUGGACGAAUCAUCUCACGCUCCGGGAAUGGGAUCUCUACUGGGUGCAAAGAAAAACUUCGAUUUCUUUCGAGUUUACGCUCUCCAGAAGCUACUUUUCAAACUGCAGGGAUAGUUGUUACUACAGGUGCAGGGUGACAGCAACAAAGAGUCACUGGCCAGUGACCUCCAAGACGCACCAGAAGUUUCAGAUGCUAGAAAUCAGUUCAGCACCAUGAAGUGCUGAAUUUGUUGACCAGGCGACUCUUCGCACUUGAAACCACAGUAACUUCAACCGCGGCGUGCGUAAAUAUCUGUGCGUAAAGUCGGAGCUGCUGAGUUGUAGUGAGGUAGCUAAUGAGGGAUAAAAAGUAUAAAAAACAGCUGGUUUGUUAACUUUAAAAUUGGUGAAAAUUGUUAAUAUCUUGACAGCCAUGGCAAAAUGGUUCAGAGAUUUCCCGAUCAACCUAAAGAACGGAAAUGAAAGGGUACGCUCGGCCUCUGAAUCUGGUCCACAAACUCGACCCAAACCCUCGUUCUCUCGUGACAGUCUGAAAGGCAAUCAGCGCAGAGAUGGGGGAGUGGGGGGUUUAUUGGCAGGGAGAAACAGGAAAAAUUCGGCUACUGAACUGGGUCGUAACAGUGCUGGUUCAGGUAUGACAGUCUGGGACAGUCUCACAACUGGAAAAUGUCGCAAGAACUCCAAGGUCGAGACUGGGACAUCAGAUGAGAAUCGUCAGGUGAGGACCUCCAGUUUGGCGCAAGCAUACAUCAGCAGGAUGAUCAAAGUGGACAAACAAGACAAGACUCCCAAACUCAACGGGAUAAGCGAGCAGAAGCAGUCUGAGAACGAAAAGGGAAGGUCUGACAUUAAAACAACGCUGAUUAUCCUGGAGGACUACGCAGAUCCUUUUGAUGCAGAGAAAACCAAGGAGCAGAGGGAGGCUGAGAGAGCUGGAGUGAAUGAUGGCUACAUGGAGCCCUACGAUGCACAGGUCAUCAUCACAGAGGUUCGUAGACGGGGCUCCAAAGACCUCCUGAAAGUGUGUGUUCUGCUGGACCGAGGCCAGAGAGAGCGAAAGGGAGAAGAUGGAAAGCCCAUGCCCCCAAACAUCUACGACAUCCCAUAUGAGGGUGGGCUGGAAGGCGACCGUGAGGGGGUGUGGAUCCCUGUCACACGGCCAGAGUCUGAUGUCCGUCCUGCUGGAGAAUAUGAACUGCCCUGGGAGUGGAGGAAGGAGGACAUUGUCAGAGCGCUGUCAGCUCAGUUCGAGGCAGUGGAUUGUUCUCCCAGUAAAGAGAACACUUCAACGUCCGGGCGCCCACAGCAGCAGCAGCAGCAGCAACAGCAACAACAACAACAACAGCAGCAGCAACACACCAUGAGACAGAAGAACUGGAACCAUAAAACACUUGUGCCAUCUUCUCCAUCCUCAUCCUCUUCUCCCUCCUUUCCCUCUUCUCCUAUUCUUAAACUCUCCCCUCUCACACCCUCAUCUCCCUCAUUCCCCACCCUCAAGCUCUCACCACUGUCACCCUCUUCUAGUCCUAGUAAACUUUCCCCUCCGUCUCCUACCUCCCCCAGUGCCCCACUAGAGGGGGAGGCAGCCAAAGUGGACCCCAGCCUGCCCCUGGAGAAGCAGAGCUGGUACCAUGGCAGUGUGAGUCGGCAGCAGGCUGAGGCUCAGCUGCAGCGCUGCAGGGAAGCCAGCUUCCUGGUGAGAGACAGCGAAUCAGGAACCAGCAAGUACUCCAUUGCUCUGAAGACCAGUCAGAGUUGUGUGCACAUCAUUGUGGCCCAGACUAAGAGCAUUAAGGGCCUGGGCUUCACCCUGGAUCAGAGUAGCUGUGUCUUCUCCAGUAUCCCCGAGCUGGUCCACCACUACUGCACGCACAGACUGCCUUUCACUGGAGCAGAGCACAUGACCCUGCAGAAUCCUGUGCCCAGGCCGCACUGAACACACAUAAAGGACAAACAAACACACUGAGACAUAAAUACAGAUGUACAGAGAUGUGUAUUACACUUGUAGGCACAAAGACUCCCACAUUAACUUGUUAAUACUAUGUGUGAACACACAUACCCAAGGAUAUGCUACUUUGGAUUUGUCCUGUGUAUUACCCUAAUGAGUUUAUGGUUGUAUCUCUUCCAUGCAUUAUCUAGUGGUGAAAGUCAAACACUAAAAUAACCACUGAUCACAUUGUUAUACUGUUAAUUUUCACUAAAUGGGAAUCCACAAGACACACACAUCCUACCAAAUUUACACAAGAUUAUACACAAGCCUGGUGUAUUUGCUCUACUGCCUUUACAGAGCAGAAUCAUAUAAACCAAACUGAUUUCUGUGAUACCUGAAACAAUGCACAUGCAGCACUGCACUUAGAAUAAUCAAUCAGACAUCUGAAGGAAGUGGAGAGGAUUAUAAUGACCUCAUGGGAUGCCCUUACAGCGAGCUGCUGACAUAAUCAAUUAUCACCAUGCAAUCUAGUUAGGCGUGGCCUGUGAGAUCAAUACACCUGUUCAGAGUAUAUUCAUUCAUCCAUCUGACCUGCCAAUCAGCCUAUUGAUCUAUCCUGAAAAUCAGACUCAUUUGCCAACCACUCUGUCUGUCAAGAAAAAAAGCUUUAUUGAUUAGAUAAUUAGAGCUAGUGUAAUGGGAGGGCUUACUUUAUUGUGAAUGAACUGACCUGCUUUUCCCUAAAAUUUACCUAUGCAUAAAUGAUGUAUGUAUGAAGCAAUUGAUUGAUAUUGUCAGAUCUUGUCUCAGACCAACCACACAAUGAUGUGGCCUGUGUGUUAUUUGUUGCAAGACUUUUAUUCAGUAAAUAAAAUCAAAUUCAUAUUAA